UACUACCCAAGGGAAUUGAUGGAUCGCGACGGUUCGCAGUGGAUCUUAACCGCGACCGAGCAUGGGCCCGAAGAAGGACAAGAAGAAGGGCAAGGAGAAGAAAGACGAGAGCGCUGACAAUGGUGGCGUGCUCACGCCCGAGGACCAAGUCAAGGUCCUUGGCUGCAUGAAUCGGUCGUUGCAGCAGCAGCUCGCCGACCGGCAAGAACUCGCUGUGAAGGCGCUCGAGGCGAAGCGCGAGCUCCAGAACCGCGUCGCGGAUCUGCAGCGCGACUUUGAAACGGGGCGGAGCCAGACGUUUGGCAUCACGCAGGACAUGACGCGGCAGUACAAGAGCAUGCAGGAGGAGCUCCUCAAUCGCAUCAACACACUCGAAAACACCAACAUGGAGCUGCGGGACCAGCUCGAGCUCGCGCGCGUCCACCUCGAGGAGGUCAAGCGAGACAAGGACGGCGCGCUCGCGGGCAAGAACAACGAGAUCCAAGAGCUCAAGGCCAAGAUGGAGGAGAUGGCCGCCGAAUUUGGCGACAUGCUCAAGGAGACGCUCGACAAGAUGCGCGAGCGCAUCGAGAUCUCCAACACGAGCUACGACAACGAAUCCAACACGCCCAUGAUGCGCCGCCUCGAAGAGUUCAACCUCGGCGGCAGCUCGCCGGCGAAACCACUCGUCAAGUGACGAGGCUGUAAUGUGCAUUGCACCAGGA